GACGAGGACGGGCUGGUGCGGGCGCUGUCGGUGCUCUGCAAUGUGGCCAACCAGCUCUACUACCCCUGCGAGCACGUCGCGUGGGCAGCCGAUGCCGGCGUCAUCCGCGUUGGCUCUCAGAAGUGGUGGGCGCUGAGCACGGCGCUCUGGGCCGUCUCCCUGCUCCUGGGCAUCCUGCGAUCCUUGAGAGUCUUGUUCCUGCUCAGAAGAAAGCUGAGGCAGCACAAGCGUACACCUUCAGCUCUGAGUGAAAAGGAAGUGAAAGCCCAAGCGAAGACUGAAGUUUUGAGCAUCCUCACAAACAUGGCAGAUCUCUCCAACGCAAUCCAUUGGCUGCCUCCGGGAUUUCUUUGGGCUGGGCGGUUUCCUCCAUGGUUGGUAGGUCUCCUGGGGACCAUGACUUCCCUGAGUGGUAUCUACCAAGCAUCUAGAAGAGGAAACUCUGAGGCUGUAUAA